AUGUCGGAGUUGAAGGCAAAGUGUUUGAAGAAAGCAGUGGUUCCUUCCACUCUAAUACAGCAUCCAUCCCCUGCCAAUCUUCAGUCUACUCGUCUUGCCAUUCAUAUGAAUGAUGAUAAUGAUUCUUCUUGUUGGGUUUACAUUGCUUCUGGUUCCCGCAUUUAUAAAGUUCUUAUUCCAAUGGAAAAUUCACUGCUCAAUCUUGGAAAGGAGGACCUUCUAAUUCCUGAACAAUGUGAGGUUCUAGAGGCUUCAGUGGUCAAUCACUGCCCACAUCGAUCAGAAAUCCAAAGUAUAAUGCUAGCUGAAACUGAAAGCCCUGGUUGCUCAAUUCUGGGAAGUGUGGAUUCUUAUGGUCACCUUAUUGUCUCUAGAUUGGAUGCCAGUGGCGACGAUGUCAACGGGCUUACAUAUUCUGUCUCUCCUCGAGAUUGCGGUGUUGGAGAAGGUAGCUGGGCAGGCCUGUGCUUCAAUCCCACUCAACGAUCCAUGGCAGCUGUGGCUCACAGUUUCUCUAAAACCAUUGAUGUCUAUGACCAAGAUAUUCAUGUCCGUACAUUACGUCCAUUGUGGCAUCCAUCUUCACUUAUGUUCAUGCAAAAUUUGGACUUAGGCGGUGGAAAUUCUGUAUUAGCAGUUGCAGAAGGUUGCCAGCUGACAAUAUGGGACUUGCGAAUGAAAGAAAAGGGUGGUUGUGUGCGUCGAAUCUGUGGAUCUGUAGGAGAUAACUUGUAUGCAGUCUGUAAUUCUUCAAAAGGUACUAUUGCGGCAGGUGGAGCUGACCGCACUGUGACUGUCUAUGAUCCUCGCAGGUGGUCAGCAGUGUCAAGAUGGCUAAACUGCUCUAAGUAUGAGAUAACUGGACUUGCUUUCUCUUCCGUUGAUCCUGAAUAUGUCUAUGUACAAGGAGUUGACUACGAGGUCGUCUGUGGACGAUGGCGUGAAAGCAAGAAAAUAUUUUCGUAUCGAGGAGAUUCUAAUUGGCUCGGAUUUAGCAAGUGUUCAGACAGGGAUGUCUUGGGAGGUUGGUCCGACUCAGGUAGCAUAUUUGUUGCUGAUAUUCGUGCUGUGAACGGAUUACACCUAUCAAUUGACUUAGAUGUCCCUGCUGCAACCAGUUUAUUUUAAUUUGUUUUU